GAAAUACCAUUUAUUGUAAAUAUGGAUGAUGACUCUUCACCAUAUCACACAACAGGUCCAUUCUCAGAUACUAGUUUUGAAGAUAUAUCCUCAGAGCACAGCUCAGAUUCAUCCUUGGAUUGGGAUUAUAAUGGAAGUCUUUUAAAACCUGAGUCGGCAGAAGGUUCCACGCAUUCUCCAGAGGCAACAACGUCUUAUGCCGAAAUCAGUGGAUUUUAUGGACAAGAAGAAAUUAAACAGAAAUUAGAAAGUAUAAAUUAUUCACCUCAAAAACGUCUACCACUAUCUGAUUAUUAUAUGUCUUUGGAUUCAUCGAGUGACGAACCUGAGCACAAACCCCAACCGUUUCUGCAUUAUUAUAAUGAUGACAGUAGCUCUGAUGAUGAAAAAUCGGAAGAAGAGGUGAUGAAGUCGGUGAAACCGUCUUUCAAUCGAAAUGAGAAUUUUAAUACUAAAAGUUUCAAUAAGGGUCAUGUUCAACAGAGUAGUCUAAGUUCAGUGGCUCGAAAGAAGACCAUGUUGGCAAAGUUGUCUAGGCGCACGCCUGUUCAACCUGCUGAGAAUACAAAUGUAUGGCAGGUUGGGGAAUUAGUUUGGGCGCGUUCACUUCCACCCGACAAUUUCCCUUGGUGGCCAGCCAUAGUGGUUGCAAAGCCAAAAAAAUAUUCGGUGUCAGAAACAAUACCCGCCACAUAUCGAGUUUGUCUUCUGGGUCUCAUUCGACCGCUAACUUUUCUCACUCUCCCAAAGACUCGUCUGCGACUUUAUGCCGGUAGAGAAGAAUAUGAGUCUUUUUAUCGGAAGACUGUUAUGGAAGCAAAAAACAAACUGCGGGCUCUACGUCAAUUCGCUAUUCCGCCAAGCCUACAGGAAGCAUGGUUUCGUGCUAGAGAGGCUGCAGCUGAGGCGAAGUUGGCUAAACCACGGCCUGCUGGUCGAUUAGCAUUGUUCCCAUGGAUAACUGAUCCAGCGUUUCUUAAACUUGAUCCACUGGCUGAUUAUGUUAGAAAGAAUACUGGAAAAUACACAUUGUUUGGUAAAUCACGUAAGCGUACCUAUUCGGAAGAUAGUAGUUCUUCAUCAGAAGAUUCAGAAAAAUCGCCUGCUUCUGACAGUGAUGCUGAUUCUAAAGGGAAACACGGUCCAGGUCCUCAUGCCUCUUCGUCGACUACUUCAGGCAGUUCAUUUGGACCUCGAAAACCAUUAAAACCCUCAAAUGAUGAUUCCAAGAAUGAUAGAAAAACUGGCCUCCGUUGGAUAGAUUUGGCGAAUUCUUUUGAAUUUGAAAAACUACGCUUUGGUUAUACAACACCGAAGCAUUACUUUUUAUGUUGUGUUUGUGGUGAAUACCAUCCAGCAUGGAGUGCUGGUAAUAAUAACGCUACUACUACCACGAAUAGUAGUAGUCAGUCAAAUCCACGGAAUACUGUUGGCCUGCAACCACUCACACCAGAUAUGAACACUGGUUUCGAUUCACAGAAAACCUGUAGUCAAUCAACACAAUCUGACAGGGUGGAGAAUACAGUAGUUAUGCCAUGUGCUGGUGGCUGUGGGAAUUAUCUACACUUAUAUUGUGCUCCGCAUAUAUUUUAUAGGAUUAUAAAGCAUAAAAUUUGUGAAAAUAAUGGUACAGAUGAUGGGGGUGGUUGUGGUGGUGGGAAAGACAUACCAAUGACAAAUGCAGGGUAUACUGAAUCCUCAGUACAACCUAAUCCAGUGUGUAGUUUGUGCUUAGCUGGACUAAGACAAUGCUUCAUUUGUUAUCUAACUCAUCCUGACCCCAGUUUGACUCACCUUCAAACCUCUAAUGGCAAUUCCGAACCACCUGUAGUCGUUGAUAAAGGCAUCUCUGAAAUAACAAUUAAAAUGGAAGAGGAUACUACAACUGCUGCUGCUACUCCUACUGAAACUGCUUAUCAUCAUCACCAUCAGAAAGACAUCCAGCCAGUAUUAGAAUCGAAUAAAUCUGAUCAUCAAUUGAUACGCUGUUCAGUUCGUUCGUGUCGACGAUGGUUUCAUCCUAGCUGCCUGCGUAAGCCUCCUUUUGCAAUUGUUGUUCGUGAACGACGUACCGGUGCAUUCUCGUGUCCUGCGCAUACAUGUUUAGCGUGUACAGCUGAAACACCUGGGACAAUGCCUCGUCCAUCUGCACAUUUUAUUCGUUGUGUUAUGUGCCCCGCCGCUUAUCAUCCAGGCGAAUGGUGUCUACCGGCUGGUAGUAAAGAAGUGGCACCUAACUUAAUUAUCUGUCCACGUCAUUCUUUAGAAGAUGAAUGUAAACUCUACUGUGCACCGCCUAAUAUCCAACUGGAAUUACCGCCAGCUGCACUGUUGAAAAUGUUUAAGCCAACUAAUGUCUCUUGGUGCUUUAUCUGUUCUAAGGGUGGACGUAUUAUAUGCUGUGAAAGUUGUCCAGCAUCUUUUCAUGAAGAAUGUCUUAAAAUUGAUGAGGUACCAGAUAAAUUUAUCUGUGAAGAUUGUACAAAUGGUCGAAUGUUACGUUAUGGUGAGAUUGUAUGGGCACGUUUACCACCAAGUCUCCAAUCAUAUCACCAACGUUGUUUAAAAUUAUCGGUUGCAUAUAAUUCCCAUCGGUUACCGGGUGUAUUUCGUCCUAAUGAAUAUGCCUCGCUAACAUCUGGUAUGUAUUGGUGGCCAGGGGAAUUAGUUCAUCCGCAACAUUUACCAACAAGUCAACAUUCUGUAAAAGAUGAUAGCCAUAAUAACAACAGUCAAACAUUUGCAAUUAACUUUCAACCAACAAGUAGUCCAAAAUUGCCUACAUCUAAUAAUAUCCUCGGUUCAGUAUUUGUUCGUUUAUAUGGUCUGACGAAUAGUCUUUCAACGAAACAUCCACGUCCUGUUUAUCUUUUGACAACACGUGCUAGAUUAUUUCCAUAUGAAGAAGGGGAUGAUAAACGAAGAGGAAGUAGUUCUAGCUCAAGUGAUGAUGACGAUGACGAAUCUACUGAAUCUGGACGUGGUGAAGAAAGUGACAUUGUCAAGAAAAAGGUCUCUUCAUCAUCAAAACAACGGGCUAAUCGUAAUCGUCGUAAAAAGCAGGAUGAUGGUGAAGAUGAAGAUCCAUUGUUAGAAUUGAAUCCCAGUAAUUUUCUUGUUGAAGAUAGUACUAAUCAUACUGGCAAUACUACUACUACUACUACUAGUAAUAAUAAUAAUAAUAACAUUAAUAAAACACCCGAAUCAGGUAAUACUUCAUUAGAAUCAUCCAAUACUACUACAUCAGCUAACAAGUUAACAACUUAUAAUCAUAAUAAUCGUUCACCACGAUAUCCAUAUUUAAGACCACGUAGAAAUCGAUAUUUAAAUGAUGAGAAUUCAAGUAAUUGUAAUACAGGACUUCUGUCUAAUCGACGUACCCCGCCAUAUGUGAUUCGACGUAGGAAAUUUAUUUAUAAUGCUGCAAUCAAACAAGCUGCUCGGGGUUGGCUUAAAAGACGUGAAAAAUUCUCCAAGCUAUUAGGCAGAAAACGGCGUCCUGAUUAUUAUAAACCAAUUAAAGUGAAUUGGCCAAUUGGCUCUGUUCGUGUCUAUCGUCUUACUGAUUCAAGUGAAGCUCCACGUUGUGAUUGUAUUAAGGAUUCAGAAGAUCCAUGUGGACCAUCUAGUAAUUGUAUAAAUCGUGAAUUACACUAUGAAUGUCUGCCUAGUGCAUGUCCAAAUGGAGAAGCAUGUCGUAAUCAACGGUUCACAAAACGUCUUUAUCCACCUCAACAACCAUUUUGGACAGGUGAUGAACGCGGCUGGGGAUUAAAAACCAUGGUUGCAAUUCGUGCAGGAGAAUUUGUUAAUGAAUACAUUGGUGAUUUAAUUGAUGAAGAUGAAGCGAAUCGACGUUUAAGAUUUGCUCAUGAAAAUAAUAUAACUAAUUAUUAUAUGAUGAAGUUGGACAGUCAACGUAUUAUUGAUGCUGGACCUAAGGGUAAUUUAUCCCGUUUCAUGAAUCACUCGUGUGAUCCUAAUUUGAGUACACAAAAAUGGACUGUAAAUGGUGAUAAUAGAAUUGGAUUAUUUGCUAUCAGAAAUAUCGCUGCUGGUGAAGAGUUAACCUUCAACUAUAAUUUUGUUGCAUUGGGUCAAGAACGUCUAAAUUGUAGAUGUGGAGCUUCAAAUUGUGUUGGAUUUUUAGGUGCACGUUCAGAGUCCUCAAAUAAUAAUAAUAAUGGUAAUAUUGCACAAGUCGGUCCUACUACUACUAAUAAUAAUAGUAGUAAUGGUACAUCUGCCAACUCUUGUUCUGAGUCGAACAGUUCAUCAACUGUUCCAGUGAAUGCAGAUACAAUUCGUGGAUCUAGACGAAAUACUUCACAAGGCGGUAGCAGUGGUAACUCACGUGCAGGUGGUACUGAAAAAGUGCAUACAAAUCAUGAUGGACGUGAUUCAAUUUCCAGUAAAACUUCCAUUUCAACCGUGUCAAAUCAUUCAAUGGCAAGUGGAAGAAAUAGUUCAGGAAGUGUAAUGAAUACUUCAGCGUGUAAAGACAAGUGUGUUGAAACGAAAUGUUUCCGAUGUGGUAAAGUAGAAGCUCCUGUUGGCAAUCGUUCCUUACAAUCUUGUGAAUUAUCAAAUUCAAUAUAUCCUUCAAUUACUACUACUAUGCCUACAAAUACUAUUUCCUCAUCAAAUAAACGUGGACUCAAGCGUGAAUUAAAAAGAAUUGUUGCAGCUGUGAUUCAUCACCAGUCACCAAUUAAACACAAGCAAUCUCGACUUAGUGCUGGUUCCUCUUUGAAAUCUUCUAAUAUGAUGAAAACAAUCAAAGCAGAAGAUCAUGAUGAUGAGAAUGAUGCCGACAACGACGAUGAUGGUCGUGAUGGUGAUGAUAAACAGAAAUUGAAAAAAUCAUCACCAUCAUCAUCCGAUUUAAUUAUGUGCAGCAAAUCUGAUUGUCCAAAAGUGUAUCAUUUAUUCUGUUUAGAUUUAGAUGCACCGCCUGUUAGUGGUCGAUGGUUUUGUCCCUGGCAUCAUUGUGAUGCAUGUGGUCGUCCUUCGCAUGUCUUCUGUUCCAUAUGUCCAUCUUCAUUUUGUUUAGCGCAUGUUGAAGGCAGUAUUAUUGUACUACCACCAAUCAUACCGAAACGUAAAUCUAGAACAAGUAACAAUCGAUCUAAUAAUAAUAGCAACUCUUCUGCUGAAAAUGUCCUUCUUGCACGAAUUGUAUGCAUGUCUCAUUAUAAAUUAGUGGAGAAAAUGUCCAAGACAACAACAGCUAAUCAUCAUGGAAUAAGUUCAGUUAAUACUCCUGCUCUGCCUCCGCUGCCUCCUCCUUCUCCUUCCCCACCUCCUCCCCCUCCUCUACAUUCCCACCCGUCAACAUCAUGUUGAUAAAUGUCCGUUAACUCGUACUCUUUGUCUUCUGUCCUUUAGAAAGUCUUGAAUCUAGUCGGCAACCACUUUAUUGAUUCCCAGACUACCUAACUUUACUAGAAGACCUGAAUGAGAAACCCUGUCAAACGCCUUGCUAAGGUCGAUGAAUAUGGCAUCCACCGGUAUAUUAGCAUCAGCUGAGCUUGCCCAACUUUCUCUGGCCAAAAGAAGGUCGGUCAAGCAAGAAUGACCUGCUCUAAAACCAUGCUGUUCCACAGCGAAAAGUUUGUUCCCUUCAAUGAACUGAAUGAUAGCAUCACGAAUUAUUCUAUCUAGUAGUUUAACAACAAUAUUGGUCAAACUAACAGGACGAUAGUUCUGAACUUAGUUUCUAGAUCCGGUUUUGAAGACCGGACUAAUGAUGGCAUCUUUCCAGUCUCUUGGACAUUUAGACUGGUCCAGAGACAUAUUGAGGAUUACCGACAAUGGCUCGGCUCGGCUAUGUUUUCAGCCAAUGCUGUUAAUAUACGUGGGUGGAGUUCAUCAGGGCCACUGGACUUACCAGGAUUGAGCCUUAGAAGCCACUUAAGGACAGUAUCCUUUCCAAUGUAUAAGGGUGCCAUUUUCAAGUUACCUUCUGGAAAAGUUGCAAAGCUGGUAUCAAUAUUAUCAGAGAAUACCUGACUAAAGUGCUUGGACAAAGCCUCAGCCUUAGUCAAGUUAUCCUCAGCCAUGUUUGUCUGGUCAUCUUCAAGCAUAAGAGGUGGGAUAGCAUCACUCUUACGUGUUCUUCUCUUGAUAUAUGAGAAGAGUCUUUUUGGGCAGCCUGGUGAACUUUUAACUAACUGGGUUUCGUAAGCUAUCCUUGACUGGUGGAUCAAAGUUUUACACUGGUUUCUGGUUUCACAGUAUUUCAGCCGGAACUGCUGUAGCCCAGUAGAAACAAAGAGAUUCCAGAACCUUUUUCUCCGUCUUAGGAGUGUUAUAGCUUGUCUAUUUAUCCAUGGUGGCCAAUUUGUUGGCCUUUUAGGAACCCUCCAGGGAAUGAAAUCAGUGGUAACCCUCUCAAGUGUAUUCUUAAAUAUAUCCCAUUCAUCUUCAAUGGAUGAGACCACAUCGACUGACCAGUCGGCAGUUGAAGCACGCUCCUUUAUAGCGACUAUGUCAGCAUGCCAAACACUAGGUCGGGAUUUGGGUUGAAAACUGACUAGAGAGCCAGCCCUUAAGUUAAAAUCUAACACCCCAUGAUCACUGUUUGCUAGAGGUGGAUGAAUAACUAGACCAUCCACGUCGUCGUUGUCAUGAGUAAGCACUAAGUCCAGCAAGGAAGAUCCUUGGGUAGAACCGAAUCUUGUACUACCUAAGACAUGUUGUGUCAGGGCAUUUUCCAUGGUAGUCAAGAGUAACCGGCUGUCAAACUUAUUAGUGGAUCCUGAAGAUGUGACAUCUAACCAGUCUAUAUGAGGUGUAUUAAAAUCACCUAGAAUAAGACAGCUACUGUGUUUACUCCAUUGUUUGAGGUGAUCUAAAAUAAAGUCAACACACUGACAAUAGGGACUUCUAUACAGAACUCCAAUGAGUAGAGUGCCAGUUGCAAAGCUUACUUCACAGCUAAUUACCUCACUUGUACCACUGUCAUGCGCUUCAGAUUUCACGGAACGAACAUGUAGGGAGUUGUUGAUGUACAGAGCGACCCCGCCACCUCUACGACCCUUAACACUAGCUAUGGCGAGGCGGAUACGAACCACCGAC